UUGCUUUUUACCAUCCCUAUCUUUUUUGGUUUAAGCCAAUUGCUCAAGAAUGUUUUUCAUUCAAGAUUUGGUUACAAUACUGCCGUAUGGUGCCAGCGGUAUGAACUCUUCUGUGACGAAAAGGAACGACGACGCAAAGCCACCGAGCUGGUCACGUUAAUGGAGGCAGCGGUUAAAAUUCAUUACAAAUGCAUGCACUUGUUCAAUCUUCCCAAAGUUAUUUGCGAUCCACUUCGACGGCAAUUCGACUACAAUCGUUGUACGAAGGUAAAUAUUAACUGA